AUGUCUGCUAACAAGGAACUGGUUCCAGUGCUGCCAUCUACUUCAAAACAAGAGAUCAAAAAAACAAAAGAUACAUCUAUAGUACCUGUCAGCAAGGAUAAUAAAGAACUCCCUGAGCUAAGAGACAAGUCAGGUGCUGCAGACCAUUCAAAGCCUCUUCCCAAAUCCUUACAGCGUGAUUUCAUCCCAGAAGAGAUCUUUGUUGCUCUGACCUCUGCUGCCAAACCUGUCCAAUGCCCCACUUUUUUAAGACCCCCAAAGAAAAAAACUAUAAAAGACUUUCAGGGUUGCAUCCGUACUGCUGAUGGGGUCUGGCAACACCCUGUUCGCAGAAACAAGUUUCGAUACUUGAUUGAGCAUCCCGUCUGCUUGACAGGAGCUGGAAGGGAUGUCUCUUUUCUGUAUGAUGUUGUUGCUGAAAAAGAGGCAAAGAAUCCUCCACCAACUCCCGUACCUCACAAGACUUUGGAGCAGGAAGCUGUUGUGACUAAACAUCCAGCAACUAUAGCAGACACCCUUGUUCCAGAGGAAUUUCAUAUGGUAAAAAACAGAAGUGUCCUGGGUUUGGAGUAUUACGACGAUAAAUUCACAACUCUACUUGAAGACGAGGAAAACAGGCUACGAGUUUUCCCAUCCAUGAAGCCAUCUGGGAGGCUGGAGGUCCUCCAACUGAUGAAGGUGAUGGACAGCAUGUUAGAAAAGGCUGGGGUAGAUAAUGAGGAUGUUGGAGUCAAAGGGCUUUCACAGAUGCACAAUGUGCUGGAGGUGCUGAAGGUGGAACAGAACAUCUACAAUAUAGUGUUUCAUGAGAUCAUCAGGCAGGUCAGCGUUGACUGUGCAGAACGAGGAGAACUCCUUUCCAUGCUCAGACAAAGAUAUGUUGAGUUGCUAGAACGGAUUCCCAGACAAAUGAGGACUCUCUACAAAGAAAUGAUGGCACAGAGGGUAAUGGACAAACACAUCACAGAUGAGUUAUUCAAUUUCAAAGAAGCUAUAGGACAACUGGCAAGGCAGCUGAAUGCUAUCCAAGAACAUGACCACAGAGCAACUGUUGAAGCAGAAAAAGCUUAUGAGGAGCUGGAAAAGGCAGUACGGGAGUCCGAGAUGAAUGCAAACCUCUUGGAUGAAUAUCGUGAACUGUAUGAAUUGCAGAGAGCAAGGCUUGAGGCUCAAAUUCACCAGCUGACGCAAGAAAAAGAGCUGUGGAGCAAUACUGCAUAUGAUUUGGCUCUUAAGGUGAUUGAAAAGAACAAGCUGAUCUUGGCUCGCAGAAUGUAUGACAGUGAAAAUGGUUGGAUCAAAGUCAUAAGGCACUUCAUAAUGCUAUUAGCAUCACAGGAUGCCACUGAUCUUUCUGCUCUGCAGCAUUUGACACAGGAGUUCCGGGAACUCUUGAAACAAAUUGGAGUAGAGGUGGAGCAAGUUGAAGAAACCAGUAGGGAAAGAGCAAGAAGUAUUCAGAAUGGUUUGGCUGGAUGGCUCAAUUACUUCUAUAAUCAUGUUCUUGGAAAAGGAAAUUACACUCUUGCAAAGGGAGUUGCCUUGUUGGAUCAAGUUCUUGCAGAUCUCAAGGUUUGGGAAAAGAUGUUGAACGAGGAGUUGGGGCAAUACGGAGGGGAUGUGCUCCUAGCGAGACAAGAGCCCUUCAAGACCGCUGCCAAGCUACAGAGGCAGUGGGUGGAGCUGGGAGUGGCUGUGCUUGGGCGCCACAAAGACCUCCAUGGCAAGAUGCCUCCUCAGCUGAAAAUGCUGGAGGAAAUCAACAAAAAUACCAACAAGCUCUGUGAACAGCACCGAAUAAGGACCAAUGGGGAAAAUGGAUCUGCCAGGAUUUUAAUAAGUUUGGUCAAUAGUUUGGAAGACUGGUCAUUCAAAAUGCUAGCCAGCAAGCAGAAAUCCGGUAUGCAUGAAGCUGAAUGGAUAAAAUUUUUCCAAUCUGUUUCUGAUUGGCUGACCCAAAUAGAUGAUCUGCUUAAGUUCAUUGGUUCCACUGAGACUCCAGAGGAAAGAAAACAUCGAACAUUUAAGACUAUCCCGGUGGUACCCGAGAAUCUGUUCAAGAAGAUUCAGCAGUGGAUUCUGACAACCACUAAUUGUACGGAAAGAGAACACGUUCAGCUUACCCACGAAUCCACUGAUUUCCACAAUGUUCUGAGCAAGUGGAUGGCGAACCUGUUGAUCCACAUGGUGCCAGACCACAUCUCUCGUGAAACUCUCCCUUUGACCAACGCAGAAGCAGCAAGGCAGGCAGAGCAUAAGAUGUUAAACAUUUUCAACUUGGAAGGAGAAGCCAUGGGUCUAGCUGCAAAGCUGAGCAAAUUCUCCUGUUAUAUGGUCAGCUGUUGCAAGGAGAUGGUUGCAUCAAUGACACGUAAGAAACUGGCUACCUUUGAACCCAAUGCGGAUUAUGAAUUGCAACAGUUGGAGAAGAUCAAAAUAGAGUGCCUGGAUUGGAUCGAAAUCUGCAACCUUCUCCUGUCUGAAAUGAAGACCUCUCCUACCACAUUAAUCAGCAAAGAUGAGCUGGUCAGCCUGUUUGGCUUAGAGGUGCUCCAGCUGAAGCGGCAACUGCCACCUGAACCAGAGCAUGGCAUGAAGAGCGCCUCCUUCAUUCGAACAGUAGAGGCUCCAGAGGAGGGUAAGAAAGAGGAAGAACCUCACUCUCAGAAAGCAGCGGAAAAGAAAGAAGUGCUGGAAACGGAGGAAGGGCCACCUGUGCCUGGUUCCAGCACCAAUGAGCAAGCUGAGAUUGCUUCUCCAGUCCGAUACCUUGGUGAUGAUUGGAAUGUGCAUGUCAAACCUCUGACCAUGGAAGAAAUCACAGUCUCAGGGCGGGACUUGUAUGCCAGCCAGUGGACCACUAAAUACUCAAAAAAGGAAUUUGAGAUGCUGGCGUCACUGGAAAUUCUGGAAGAGCGGCUGAUAGAGGCUGAAAAACGAGCGCAACAAGCAGAGGAAAAAUCAGAAGCCCUUCAUGAGGAGUUGGAAGAAGCUCUGACAAAAAUAAACGACCUGGAGGGUGAUGCACCAAAACUGAAGGUUGCUGGAGAGAGGGCUCCAAAACCUGAACCAGAAUCCUCUUCUAAAAGAAAGUCUGAUCCAUCCAUAUUGCCUGCUACUACUACUAAAACAUCCACGCCCCGUCCUAAGAAAUCCACUAAACCCAAGCGCUGAAGAGGAACCAGUGGUUUCAAGAAAGCCUUCGGCUCCUGCUUGAAGUUGACAUUUGGCCCAGUAUGAAGGUUGCACAUCCCUGGAGCGCAAGGGCUACUUGAAAUCCUCCCAGUUCUGUUAGCAUUUUAGUACAGUACAUGGACAGAAGUUGACUGGACAUUGUGGAAUCGUUUCCCAAUUUGUAUUAUUUAUUUAGAAAACAGUCGAAGCUCAGG